GAACAUUCAAUGUUUUAUAGAUUCAUAUUGCUGUUACAGUUGGACAGACUUUGCAGACAAGGGAGAAAUUCUCUUUAUAGCCACGUCUGUCCGUCCCAUCACCAGACGCUCUUUCAGUUAUCAGUAACAUUUCACAACUCUUGAGAUUAAUCACAGUUACCAUGUAAACAAUGUAUUGUAAUGGAACGACUGAAAUGUCACUCACACCAGCCUCCAGAAACUAUAGUUCCAGAAUAGUAAGACGUCUCAGCGCACGAAGCUUCUGUGAAACACAUAGAAGAUGGGCAAUACAAUUAGAGGAAUUAUUGCAUUCAUUCCAUCUAAUAGCUGCCAAAAAUACCUUUUAGGAGAUCUGGAAGAAAUGCCUAUAGAUAAGAUGGUAGACUUGAGCAGCAUGCAGCUAAGGAUAUUUCCACUAAGAGUAUGUGCUUUUACAGAACUCAUCAAGCUGUACCUGAGUGACAACAACUUAAACAGCCUUCCUCCAGAGCUGGAACUACUUCAGAACCUCCAGAUUCUAGCCUUGGACUUCAACAACUUUAAAGCACUUCCAUUAUGUGUAUGUAGUUUAAAGCAACUGUGUAUAUUAUACCUUGGAAAUAAUCACAUCAGAGACCUUCCACAGGAGCUAAGUUUCCUCAAGAACCUGCAUACCCUUUGGAUUGAGUCUAAUUAUCUGACACAUUUGCCUGAUGUCAUCUGUGAACUGACCCUUCUAAAGACACUUCAUGCUGGUUCCAACCCAAUACGCAAUAUUCCAAUGGCGCUAAAAAACCUAAAAGAAUUACGCAGUAUCUGGAUGUCUGGGAAUCUCCUCACAGAAUUUCCACCAGUUUUACUGGAAAUGCCUUUCAUAGAGGUUAUUGAUGUAGACAGAAAUGGUAUUAAAUUUUUCCCAAGUUUGAAGCUCAUGUCAGGUCUUAAGCUUGUCAUCUAUGAUCAUAAUCCAUGUCGGAAUGCUCCCAAAGUAGCUAAAGGAGUUCGGAGAGUUGGCAGAUGGUCCGAAGAGACCCCAGAGCCAAAGAAGAGGUCUGAGAUGGUAGUGGAGAUUGAAAAGGCUACAGAAAGUAAAGAGACACAACAACUAACAGUGCCAAAUGACCCUACAACUCAGACAAAUGAUAACACAGAAGACACAACUUCUUAAUUUAACUAAGUAUAUUUCAUGACUGUUAGUGUGUGUGUGUGUGUGCGCGCGU